ACAGUGCAAUAGAGAAAAAGUUCAAACACAAAAAUCAACGGCACAAAACAUAGAAGGAGGGACCCAGGGUUGGUGUAGACUACCCAAAUAAGACAUCAUUUUAGUGUACUCUUCUGCCAGAAAGACAAACUGAAUGCUAAACUUGGUCAAGUAGGAAGCUUGAAACUUGGUUAGGUAGGAUGUCAUUGAUAGGCUACUUGAAUGGUUCUGCUUUCUGUGCAGAACAAAAGCUUAGUCACAGGGUGGUGGGCUGUGUGGCACUAUUCUUCAGCCAUAGUGGUAUGUUCAGCAGAGGUUAUGUCUUCUGAUACAGACUGACUUGAUUAUUCCAGUCUUUCCCAUUACAUGCUGACUCACCCUUUCUGCAUGAUGAUGCAUAUAUAUAGUACCUCAUUUAUAAUGUAUUUGAAGCAACUUUUCCUGGAAUUAGGAUGGUCUAGAAAUAGCCUUACAGUUUUCUGUGUCAGAUAUAAACUUGGUCUUUGGGCAUAUGCAUGACCACUGGCGGAAAAUUUCCUAGGUGAUGAAGGAGACGGAAGAGAAAGAAAGAGAGGGGGGAUGAAGACAAGAAAUUUUACAUUUAUUGAGUUCUUUCUAGAUGCCAGGAACUAUGCUAAAAACUUAACAUUUAUUAUUUCAUAAUGUUCUCUAUGAGGUGGCCAUAUGCUAUUAUACCUAGUUUAUGGAUGAGGAAGAUAGAACUUAGAGAGCUAAAGAAACUUGCCUAAAGAAACACACCGGGGAUGUGAGCUGCACAGCGCAGAACAAGUUGCCUGCGGCACCUGACCGAGCAGAGGAGAGAGCAUGGAGCCGGAGAGGAUUGUCAGCGCAGCCCUCCUUGCCUUUGUCCGGAUGCACCUCCCAGAGGCUGACCUCAGUGGCUUGGAUGAGGUCAUCUUCUCCUACGUGCUCGGGAUCCUGGAGGACCUGGGUCCCUCAGGCCCGUCAGAGGAGAACUUCGAUAUGGAGGUCUUCACUGAGAUGAUGGAGGCCUAUGUGCCUGGCUUUGCCCACAUCCCAAGGAAUACAAUAGGGGACAUGAUGCAGAAGCUCUCAGGGCAGUUGAGUGGUGCCGGGAACAAAGAGAACCUGCAACCACAGAGCUCUGAGGUCCAGGAUCAAGUGCUCAUCUCCUCAGAGCCUCUGCAGCGGCCUGAAAAGCUCAAAGAAGAGACCAGGGCUUCUCCUGCUGCUGGGGACACUCAAGAUGAGGCAGCUGGUGAGGAAGAGCUGCUGCCAGGGGUGGAUGUACUCCUGGAAGUGUUCCCUACCUGUUCGGUGGAGCAGGCCCAGUGGGUGCUGGCCAAAGCUUGGGGGGACUUGGAAGAAGCUGUGCAGAUGCUGGUAGAGGGGAAGGAGGAGGGGCCUACAGCCUGGGAUGGCUCCAACCAGGACCAGCCCAAGCGCCUUAGAGGCCCCCAAAAGGAUGAGCUGAAGUCCUUCAUUCUGCAAAAGUACAUGAUGGUGGAUAGUGCAGAGGAUCAGAAGAUUCACCGGCCCAUGGGUCCCAAGGAGGCCCCCAAGAAGCUAAUCAGAUACAUUGACAACAAGGUAGACACCAAGGGGGAGCGAUUCAAAGAUGUGCGGAACCCGGAGGCCGAGGAGAUGAAGGCCACAUACAUCAACCUCAAGCCAGUCAGAAAAUACCGCUUCCACUGA